GUUGACAUCGUCCAGGUAUUUCAUUUGGCAGAAAAAACGUCAAUAAACGUACCAGCUGAUCGCACCGAAACGUGCUUUGUUGUUGCGCAUUUGUGUACACGUUCAUGAUCGCUCUUUGUUCAUUUUGUGAUCGCCGCACGUAACAUUGCAACGAAUUUGGAAAUCGGAAAUAUAAUUCCAUAUUAGCAGAUUUUCAAAGAUCAGAAACAACCAAGCAUGGAUAAAAUACUGGCAGAUGCCAAGAGAAGACGAAAGAUUGCUGCCUUUUCUUGCCUUGUUCUCAUAGCUCUGUCAGUUGUACAACUAACAAUUGGAGUAGUGGCAUAUCAGAUGAUUCAUAACAUCAAUGCUGGAUCAUUCUGGGCUGUCGGAGGUCUGCUUCUUGGUUCCAUAUUGGCAUUAGUUGGAGUAUACAACAAACAGGAAGGUGGUUGUUGGAUGAAGACUGGUACAGUUUGCAUGGGUCUUGGCAUUGUAUUAGCAUUUGUUGGUGCAAUUAUUGAUGGCGUCACAGCAUCAGCAGUCUCCAAAGUGGAUAUAUUGAAGUGCAAUCAUUCAGACACAGGAUUGGCCAACUGUAUGGCCAGUGCUGGAUGUGAAAAAUCAGUGAGCAUGCUCAGUACAUGCUACUGUUGCUAUGUGACAUCACAGAGGGAAGCUAGCUGUGCCUUUCAGUCUGUGAGUCUUUCGGAGAUACCAUCCUUCUUCUCUGGGGUGAAAUCCUGUGCUGAUGUCAGUAGUUACAUUAACCUCCUCUGGGCCUCUGUGGCAUUCCUGACUUUCUCCCUCAUCGUUGGUGUGGUUGUCACGGCGAUGGUCAGUGGUUACAAAAACUUGGUCGCCCAGAUACCUCGGACUUACAUCCAAACAACAGUUCAGAGAAGCCCCGCCCCUGCUUAUCCUACCUCAUCUGCAUAUCAGCCAGUCGUCUCGCCCACGCCAACACCCACGGCUACACCACAACAUGAUCAAAUCCAGAAGACAAGCCGACCCAUCCCAGCACCUAGAAACUCAAGACCCCCGCCCUAUGCCCCACCUGCUGAUGUGUAGGUACCAUGAGCCACACCCUUUUGGAUGUCUAGAAUUGCCGCGUGUUAUCGCUGUUUGAAACCGUAAACCACAGCCCUUGGUUUGUAGACUUACUGUUUAUUGCAGUUGGCUAUUGUAAGCCACAGCCCUUGAUGGCUAGACUUACUGUGUAUUGCUGUUGACUGUCAUGAGCCAUAGCCCUUAAUUUAGAUAUACCAUGCAUUAUUGCUGUUGGCUAUUGUAAGCCGAAGCCCUCGAUGGCUAGACUUGCUGUGUAUGGCUGUUGAUUGUCAUGAGCCACAGCCCUUAAUGUCUAGAUAUACCAUGUACUAUUGCUGUUGGAUAUUGUAAGCCACAGCCCCUGAGGUCUAGAUUUACCAUGGAUCAUUGCUCUGGACUAUCUUGAGCCACAGCCUUUGGUGUCUAGAUAUACCUUGCAUGAUUGCUCUUGACACCAAGACUUGCCCAGUUCUACUACACGACGUUAAUGCAGCAUGUGUUACAUUUUGGACAAGUGGAGAAAGCAAAGGGAUUAGAGUUACUCUAAAGAAUACGUCCAAUGUUUCAAUUGAAUCUGAGAUUAAAAUGGUUACCUUUUAGCAUGUUUUCAUAGUGGCUUAUCACAGCUGAAGAAGACUUCUUCCUUAAUGACCUCAGGGUAUCCAGCACAUAAUGAAUAUGUUCUCAACAUGAGCUCAACUGGGUUUGAAGUAGGAAUACUUAAAAGGUACAGUUGUCAAAAUUUUACAUAAACAUAGAUUAACAGUGUUUAAAUGCAUUUGGAAUACUUAACCAAUUCCUGCCAAUUGUUUCUGCAUGUGAUCACCCAGAACAUCUUCAUCUACAUAACUAAUUUACAAGAAUAAAGUAAGUAUUAUUUAUAAUGUGAACAAAGCAGAUGGGCCAAUUUGUCAGCUGGAAAACAACAGAUUGGUUUCUAGGAGUAGGAAGUUUUCAGGAGUAGUAAUUAAAUACCUCAAGUCCAAGCCUAUGUAAAGUUUUGACCACAACUGUGACUAAAUGGUGUCUACAUGUAUUCUUGUGAGAUGUUAUUGAAUGCUUCUGAAAUAUAAGUGCAGUGCGUAAAGCUGAAAUGUGUGAAUGGUUUUUGAACCCAUUGUAAGCAUUCCAAUCUGUAGUGACAUCUAUCCUUUGGAAAAAAACAAACAAAAAUGCUAAAAAAAUAAGCCUGCCAUGCAAUGCAAGGGCAUUUUUUUGUAUCAAAACAUGCAAGGUUCAAGUUAGCCUAAUAAUUGAAUGAAGUCAUUUUCAAAGAAUAGUAAUGGAUAGUCGAUUGUGGAAUCUACUUGGCGACUAACCUGGCAGAAUUGUGUGCAGUAUUUUGAUGUCCAAUUCCAUUAUUCUUUUUAAAACAUACUUAAAUUGUUCAUACAAUGGAAACUCAAAUAAGUGCAGCUUAAUUCAGGAUAAAACUUAUUGCUUGUAUUUGAUUCAUUACCAAAGACUUGAAUUUCACUCGGCCUUUGCAAUUAAAUUAUAACUUCUUAAAGUUGAUAGCUCAGUAUUAAUCUUUGAAUUAAAUCAAAACAAAGAAGCAUGAAUUGUCAAGACAUUUGGUAUCAAUUAUCUCUACUUACCCUCAUCCCUUAUUUUUUCUGAACCCAACAGAAUUCAACAGCUAGAAUAAAAGGCCUUUUGUUGACAUUAACAAAGCUGCAGGAUAUCACAUCGAUUAGCAUGUUUAGGACUGCACAAGCUGUUACAUGUACACUUGUUUCUGAACUUAAAUUUAAAUGUCAUCUCUGAUGCUUCACUUUUUAGUGUUUUCUACUGUAACAACAUUUUGUCUGAAUUUUGAAUUUUCAAAAUUCAUCAAGAAAACACAAAGUUGGAGGGCUUUAUAAAUAAACAUCAUGUAUAAAUCAAUUUAAUAACUUAUUGGCACAAAUUACAUGCUUCUUCAUUUUUGUAUUUAAUCAGAUGUCUGUGUUAUUUGAUAAAUUUAGCAACCGGGAAAGAUGUACAGCUGCAUGAAAAUGGUGAUAAAAUGAGGGAGUUGCUGAAGGGUGUGUUAUUGACUUGUUUUUAGUUGAAUACAGUAUAUACAUGUAUAUAUAUGAAGAGCAGUAAACCAGCACAUAGUAGGAAAAGGUGGCAUGAUGACAGUUAUUUAUAAGAGGAAUGAAAGGUAUUUUUAUGAGAUGGGAAAUUUUAUGAGACUUUAAAAAUCUGCAUGUAUGACUUUUUAAAAAUUGCACUGUGUAUGUUGUAGACUUUUAAGUUUUAUUGAGCCAGUAACAGUAGAUUUGUGUGUGAUAGAUCAACUUGAAUUAUCAUGCCAAACUUAAAUUGCUGAUAUAUUUGUUUCAAAUCUUCGAUGAUUCAAAGUCGGAGGCUAGUGUAACAAGCAAGUUGCUGGAAAAUGGUGAUAAAAAUUUGACAAAAAGUAUGAAAACAACUCAAUUAAAUAAAUCCCAAAUUUGAGAACUGAAAAUUAAUGGGAGUACUUACAAUAGUUUUACCAGUGCUCAGCGCUAACUCCCUAAGUCCUAUAAUGAACAGCUUGGAGCUUUGAGUACUGCGUAAGUAGGGUACAACUUAAAAUAAAUUUGAUGUUACCGUCAGCCUGUCUUCUGAAUGAAUGCAAACUUUAAUACUUAAUAUCUCAUGAACAACUGCAGGGUUUGGUUAAGGUUUUUCAAAAUAAUUUUUUAUUUAUAUUACAUCAGGCUGGAAUCUCGUUUUGUACAAGCAAGAAAUUUGUUAUGUUCUGUACCUCAAGACAAAAAAGUAGAAAAAAUGCAUUUACAUGUGGAGCGUCAAAUGUUAACCGUAAUCCGUACCUUCUCAAAGUUUGAAAUCUUUCGUAGCCAAGUUUUUGCACUCGAGUUUCCAAUGGUUUGUGAAAAAUAGGAAACAAACUAUUUAAAACAGCAUUGGCGGAUUUAGCAUUGAUACGUACAAUUUUAUGUGCUUAUUUUGUGGCUUUUUAAAUUGUGUGCAAGAGUUCAUUCAUAUUUGCAACACAUUUUCUAGAAAAACAUGGUUUCAGUUAAUACUUGAGUGCAUUUUUGUGAGGUUUAUGUUGUGUUCCAUUAUGUCUAUUUAUUUGUACAUCUUGUAUUGAUAGUCAUGUCACUGCCUGUCUUUGUAGGAUUCAGAUCUUACUUUUUCAGCCAAAAAGUAUAAUUACAUGUAUUGUCCUAUCGAGCAGUACUGAGCAUAAUCAAUUCAUUCGGAGUAAUCCGAUACAUUCCCUCAGUGAAUGGAUUGGACUAUACCCUAUUUUUUUUUCAGGAUUCCAAAAAAGCACAUCCCUCUUAAAGGAGCUAAAUAUCAUACUCCCUCUAUUGACAGGUUAUGAAAAGUAACAUCCAUAACAAAGGGGCAUUUCAUUAGUCCUAUUAACCAAGGAUUGGUUCGGUUUUCUUUGGAAACUGAAUUGGGCAACAUGAUAAACAACUCAAAUUCCCCCAAAAUUAACUGAACCAAUUCUUGGUUAUGGUUGUCAAAGGGCACCCCUCAGCAUUUGAACGAAUGCACCCUUAAACCAAUAGUAGUGACAAAGCAGUGAAUGAUCAAGUAAAACAAAGGGUGUAUUGUUAAGUAUGCAUUGUUAUAACAGGUGCUGUGCUUCUUGAAUAGUGGGAGAUAUCUCGAGAGUGGAGAACAAAGAAAUAAAUUUGGAAGGAAAAUGUCCAAAUAA